AGCUUACACUAGCCAUUUCAUUCUUACUGUGCCUACUUUACUGCGGGUGUCUUACGCUGCAACAUUGGCUUUGCGCUGCUCUUUUUCGUUUGCAACUUAACCCACCUUGCGAACAGGAUGCUAUCGUUCAGGAGUUAACCUCUUUUACGCACGCUGUUGUUGAGUUAGGAAAAUGGCAGCAGAAAGGAAGCUGAAGGCGGAGAUAGACCGCACCCUGAAGAAAGUGCAGGAGGGUCAGGAAAUUUUUGACGACAUAUGGAAUCAGUACUCGGCACACAAGCAGGCUCAUGACCAGGAUAACCAGAACCAGCGGGAGAAGCUUGAAGGAGAGCUUAAGAAGGAAAUCAAGAAGCUUCAGCGAUUGCGGGAGCAAAUUAAGGGAUGGAUUGCUGGAGCAGAUAUCAAGGACAAGCAGCCUCUGAUUGAUGCGCGCAAGUCAAUAGAGCGCGACAUGGAGAGGUUUAAGGCAUGCGAGAAGGAGGCCAAAGCUAAGGGCAGCGCAGCAGGCGGGUCGGACCGAGACCCUAAGCAGCGCGCCAAGGAUGAGGCCAGGGACUGGAUCAAUACCGUUGUGGAUCAGCUAACGGAAAAGGUGGAGACUAUGGAGGCGGAGAUGGAGGAGCUGCAGGUGACCGUGAAGAAGCGGCAGAAGCCGCCCGCCCGGCUGACCGCGUUGGAGGAGACCGUGGGCCGGCACAAGGACCACAUCGAGCGGCUGGAGAAGGUGCUGCGCUGCAUCGACAACGAGACCAUCCAGCCGGACGAGCUGGGGGACCUCAAGGAGGACAUGGACUGCUACCUGGGCACCGAGGACGGUGAGGACAACGGCAUGGACCUCUCCAACGUGGACGACAUGUACGGCCUCUUCCAGGACCGGUUGGAUGCGGUAGACAACGCGGCGCCCGCUGCCCCGCUGCACAGCGUGAAGCACGGCAAGAGCGGGCGGGAGAAGGAGGCGGAGGAGGCGCGGGAGAAGGAGCGCGAGCGGGAGAGGGCGGCGGCAGCAGCAGCCAAGGCGCAACUCAUAGCGCAGGGCAACACCAACCUCAAGCUGCAUGAUGACGACGAGGUACGGAAGCCCUCUGCAGCAGGCGUUGGCGGCAGCGGCUCAGCGGGCCUUAUCGGCAGCUCCGGCAAGUCCGCUACAUCCGGGGCGGCGACGCCGGGCGGUACGGCAGGCGGACUGCCCAUGUCCGUACCCUCGCUGGCGGCGCCUCCACCCGCGGGGGCCCGCCAGACGGCGCCCUCGACACCCGUCAAGGAGCCGGAGUCGGGCUCCGUAACGCCGCGCAACGCGGUGCAACCCCUCUCCGCGGCUUCCCCAGGCGGCAUGCCGCCCUCAGAAGCCGCGUCCCCGCUGCCAUCACGGCCCUCAGCCGCAGGGGGGGCCAUGGCGGGGACCCCCGGGCCCCUGGCGGGCCCUGCCGGCGCCAGCCAGCCGCCGCCUCCGCCGGGAGUCAUGCCUGGUGGGGGACCGCGGACGCCCUCCGCUGCGGCGGCUGCGGCUGCUGCCGCCACCGCCAACGGUAGCAUGGGCAGCAACAUGGACGGCGGCAUGCCACGGUGGCUUGCGGCUGCUGCGCCGGGCGGUCAUGCGGGGGGGCCUGCAGCGGGCGCCGGGGGGCAGCAGGAUGCCGUGGUGGACGGGCGCGGAGCUGCGGUGCCGGAGGGGCCCGCGGGCGCGUUGCAGGGAGGCGUGGGGCCGGCACCAGGGCCGGGGUCAGGGCCUGCCUCUGCAGUGGCGGGAGGAGCCUAUCCAGGAGUGCCCUCCGCAAGUGGCACGGUGGGACCCUCAGCGGACGGACCCACGGGUCAGUUCGCGGCGGGUGGCGCGGGACCUGUACGGCAGUCAGUUGGCGGGCCGGCGGAUCGCGGGGCAGUGGGUCCUGCAGGUCCGGGGCCGGGUGGCAUGGGCCCGCUGGACGCCCUCGCAGCACGGAUGGCGGGUGUGGGGCUGGGCGGGGCUGCGGGCCCGGGUCCCGGCUCGGGUGCCGCAUCAGCCAUGGCUCUGUCCUCCCAUGCGGCCCCCUCGGCGGCGGGCGCUGCCGGCGGGUCGGGCGCCAGCAACGGCGGGGGGCUGCUGCCGGGGGACCUGCCGCCGGUAGCAUCGGCGUACUCGGUUGCGGCGGCCAAGCAAAUACUGGAGGCGUGCUACGCCCGCGGAGUGAUGCCUCAGCUGUCCGACACGGAGUGGAAGCACACGAGGCCGCGACACCCCGUGGCGGUGCCCGCGUCCUACCCCAAGUCCGCCCCCGAGGUGGUGGACAACCCGGCGCUCUUCCGCAAGAUGGACCCCGAGUGCCUCUUCUUCGCUUUUUACUUCCAACCCAACACAUACCAGCAGUUCCUGGCAGCUCACGAGCUGAAGCGGCAGUCGUGGCGCUUCCACCGGCACCACAACGCCUGGUUCCAGCGCUUCACGGAGCCCGCAGUCACCUCGGAGGAGUACGAGCAGGGCGCCUACGUGUACUUCGACUACAACAUCGUGCACGAUGACAUGCAGACCGGCUGGUGCUACCGGCGCAAGGAGAACUUCACCUUCCGCUACGAUGCGUUGGAGGACGAGCUGCGGGUCGCCAACCUCACACCCCAGCAGACGGUGGCGAUGGCCAUGGCGCAAGUGCAGGGAUUGUAGGGGAAGGCGCGGGCGAAGGACGGAGGAGGAGUGUGGAGAAGGGGGUGGUGUGACAGGGGCCGCGAGGCGCGCGGUGGCCACACCUCGAGAGAGGUGUUGCGGCGUUUGGGUUGGGUUGGGUGGGUGGACGGGGUUGUACUACAAUGUGGGGUUUAUCAUGAUGCACUGCAGGGAAGUAACGGCGGGUGACUAGCUGCUUGUAGGGAUGGAUGCAAGGGUGCGGGGGUUUGGUGGCAUGGCGGUUGCGACUCGGAACGGUGCACUGGUGACCAAGUGGGGUAGGUCAGGAAAGCUCGCACGCACUGAGGACCUACGACCCGAGGAGAGCUGGGCAGGGCGAGGAGCGAUCGAGAGCCGCGAGCGGCGGUUGGCUGCUCCGUGUUGGGCGAGAGGGUGGCACUUCCUCAGCACCGUGUUGUCCCCCGCCCCUGGGUCCCGUACCGGGUGGUGCUAGGAGGGGUUCUGAGGUGGGCUGCUGCCCUGACCGCAAGUGUAAUGCUGGUUUGUUGCGUGUCUUGCAGGUCUUGUCGCUCCCAUCUUCAUAGUUCUUAAGGCACAUGAUGGAAUGGCACUGGAUUCCCAGGGCUCCGCGUAAAGCCAAAAACACGCCACUGCCAUGCGGAGGUUCCAAGAACGGUACACCAUCCUUCUCGAUCACUCCGGCAUGAAGUCUUGAACAGCCGUUACACCGUUAUUUAUAUUGCAGGCAUGCAGAGUAAACUUCCCGGAACCAACCCUCACGUGUUCUAUCAUCUGGCGAACGUGUAAGACCUGCUAAAGUGCUAAUGAGAGCACAAUGGAAGCAAGAUCUCGUACGGCUUUCAUCACAACGGGAGAUGCGCUGGCCAAAGUUGCAGCCCCACGGAAGUCCAGG